GUACGCUUGCUGUCAGCUCUUCAGAUUGAGCACAGUUACUUAGCUCUAGGGCUAACAGACAGCACUGCUCACAGAAAUACAUGGCCACUCAACUUUUUAUAUUAUUUUAAGGGCGUUCCUCUCGUCACGCUAGCAGCCUAGGAAGUGGAAUAGUCAGCAUACUGUGGUUUUUUCUGUCAGCAACUCACCGUGAAAGGACGAAGAGAGGACUGAAACUGGAGCUAACGUUGGUUAGCUAGCUAAUGUUAGCCUGCCAACGCAAUGGCCUACCGGUGUAUCCCAGAUGAUGUUAGGCCCCUCUGCCUGUAAAGACCAAGAUGACUGAAGUCCAGGCCACAGUGGAGUUCUCUGUGGAGCUCCACAAGUUCUACAACGUGGACCUGUUCCAAAGAGGGUUCUACCAGAUCCGUGCCGGUCUGAAGGUGCCACCCAGGGUUCCACACAAAAUUGAGACCAGUCUGCUUCACCCAGGAGGCUCUGAUUUGGCAUUUCCUGCUUCAGUCCAAGAAGAUGUCAUCUACAGCAAAACCUUCCAAAUCCUUUACAAGAAUGAAGAGGUUGUGGUCAACGAUGUCCUCAUCUUCAAAGUGAUGAUGCUGCUUGAUGAGAAGAAGGUGGGAGAGACCCUCAAUGACAUCGAUUUCCAGCUCUCCUUGGAUUUAUAUUUCACAGAUGGUGAUUACACGCCAGAUGAUCCUAGCUCUCUACAGAAUAUCAGUGGCCGCACCCUUCGUUUGCACUUUAGCCUUCAGCGAGGCAUCCACCAACAUGUCAAUGUCAUGUUUGACUACUUCCACCUGUCUGUCGUGUCUGUCGCCAUCCAUGCCUCCCUAGUGGCACUACAUCAGCCCCUUAUCAGUUUGCCUCGUCCAGUGAAAACCACAUGGCUGAACCGCAACGCUCCCCCACAGAGCAAAGACUCAGUCAUCCAGCCUCUAGAGAACGUGGUGUUCGGCAGCAGUUACGUCAAGCAAGUAUCAGCAGAUGGCAGGACGUUCCUGGUGUCCGACAACUGUCUGCAGCAUGCCUUCAGUCUGCACCACGACCUCUGCUCCAAUCUCCUGCUCGCCUACCAGGGCCUCUUUGAUUACUUCACCUCUAUCACCAAGGACCUGCCCUCCUCCCAUCGUAUGGAACUAGCCAAGCCCAGCAUGCAAGUCCUAUAUGAGCGAGUUCUCAGAAGACCCUAUCCCCGAAGUCAAAGGCACGUCUACAUAGAACAACUCGAUCUAGAGGCCCGUCUAGCUGAGUUAUGUGAACAAGUCAAGCAGAAAGCCGAGUCCCCUGACGAGCUGGCAGAGCUGGUGAAUAUGAACCUGGCUCAGCUCUGCUCUCUGCUCAUGGCACUAUGGGGACAAUUCCUAGAGGUGGUGUCCCUGCAGGAGCACGUUGCUGCCCUACUAGCUAUGGAGCACCAUACACUAAGAGUAAGGCGGUUUGCUGAGGCUUUCUUUUGUCUUGAACAUCCAAGACAAUCUGCACUAGCAUAUCAGGAACUACACGCUCACAGUCACCAGCAGAUGACUAACGCUAUCAAAAGCUCCAGCUACUUCCUGUCUCUUCCUCCGCUUCCAGUGGAAUGUGCAGACCUUGAUGGCGAUGUAAGCUCUCUGCCGAUCAUCUUUGAGGAUAGAUACCUUGAUUCUAUCACUGAAGAUCGCGAUGGACCCUGGCUUGGCAUGCACAACUCGAGGACUGGCUCAAUGUCCAGCAAAACGGACAAGCCUAACUCCAAGGAGUGUAGCGCAGCAGCCAGCCCAUUACCUGAGGCUCAGUGUGCCACUAUGGACAACACCUGGCCAGAUAGCUUUGAGCCACCGCCAAAGUCCAAAGGCAAGUCAGUGAAACUGAAGAAAAGUUCAAAGACUGAGAACUCUAAGAAGCUGAUUAGACAGGGCUCCAAAGACACUGUAGUGCUGGUGGGCUAUAAGAACCUCAAAGCUCCUUUUAGUGACACAAAGCACAAAGAAGGGGAAGCUCCCCUAAACCAAGAAGAGGAACCAGAUACCUUGCAGAGAGACACAAGUAGUUAUUUAAGGACUACUGCAAGUUCAGUCUUUGACUCUGGUGCUUCAUCAGCUCACAGUGCUGAUGAUUGUGUUACAGAUGACAAUACAACAACUACUGCUGCUUGUCAGAAAGGCUUUUUCAAAAAGCCUACACACGUGGAUGCACAGAACAAUCCUCAGGCAGGUACUGGGGCUAGUGCUACAUGCAACCAACCACUUUACAAAGAUGAACAAGUUGACCACGUCGAACAAAAGCAACCUGAGUGGCCUGCUGGGCCUAAGCAAAUUGAGGUGAAACCAAGUAACAAUGACCCAUACCGAGGAGACAAAGUAACAGUUCUUUUUCCAUGUCGGACUGAGGGGACUCUAAGCACCCAGACAGACCUCUGUGACUCAAAACCGUCUGUGGUGGACUCUGUGUUUGAAAGGCCGGCUAAAGAGGCAGCGCAGCAAAGCCAGUCGAGUCUGGUGUCAGUACAGGGGAAGAGUGAUUGCAUCAGGCUGCCAGAUGUAGGAGGCCCGAAUGCCUCUUCUCGCUUCUCAGAUUCAGGCAUUGAAAGUGAGCCCAGCUCCUUUGACACUCAGUUUGUUCCAGGACAUCAGACAUGUGUCACUGAAUCAGGUGUGGCUGCCCCUCAGCCUGAGAGAACCCUCCUAAGCCCCGCCCCACGACCUGUUCAGCAAUACCAGCAAAAGCCCAGUGUGGCAGCAGAAAAUACCAGUGGUAUCAGUGGAGUCCAGUCCUCUCUCACUUCCAUCAACUCCUUGCCCUCAGAUGAUGAGGGCGAGGUUUCCUCUAGGGGCUCCAGCGGAGCAGCAGUCAGAAGCAGUAAGUCCAGUGUUUUGGUGCAGGAGCAGAGUGUAGUCUUCUCUGGGGAUGACGGUAACAGACCUGCCAUUGACGUGGCCUGCACCCCUAACAUGGCUGCAGGUGAUUCCAAACUUAUAAAACCUGCCUUUGAGGGAGCAGCUGGUUCUGGGGCUCAGAAGGAGUCUGGUAGUGAGCCCCAAACAACCUGCCCAUCCAGUAACUCUGCCACCAGCAGCACUGACAUAGUGAAGCGUGGGAUGGUGGAGAACUACUUUGGCUCACGCUCUAGCACAGAUGUGUCUGAGAUCAGCCCUUUAGAAACAUCUGCCAUCACACUGGGAAUCCAUGCAGGUCCAACGGUCCCGGAUGACGAGGACGAACCAGAGCAAGACAUGAUUGAGAACGGUUACUACGAGGAAGGCGAUGGCUAUGCUUUUGUCAAUGGUGUUGUGGAUGAGGAGCAAAGUGCGGUCGGGGACGCAGCGGCUUCAGAAACGAGUCUUCUGUUUGAACAGCUUGGCAUCGGCUACCCCCAUGAAACAAAAGAUUUAUCAAAAGCUCCCAUCUGCUCCAACCUAGCCUCCAGCAGUGUUGGCUACAGCUUGGCAAGACCUCCAUGUCCCUCCACGUCCUCUUCCUCCAGCCUGCACUGGUAUGAAUGUGCACCCACACCACAGAUGAAAUCGUUCAUUAAGGCCAAGGAAGAAAUGAAACAGCUGAGGCUGCCUGGCUUCUUGUACAGUGAAAUACCUGAGCUGGCAUCCAAUGUGCCCUACUUUAGCUUGGAGGAAGAUGAAAGCUGUGAUGAAGGCAUUCAUCUUAUAGUUUGUGUCCAUGGCCUCGACGGUAACAGUGCAGACCUCAGACUGGUGAAAACGUACCUGGAGCUUGGACUGCCUGGUGCUCGUAUCGACUUCCUGAUGUCAGAGAGGAACCAGAAUGACACUUUUGCUGAUUUUGAUUCAAUGACGGACCGAUUGCUGGAUGAAAUAGUCCAGUACAUUCAGAUAUACAACCUCACAGUGUCAAAGAUAAGCUUUGUGGGUCAUUCCUUGGGGACCCUCAUUGUUCGCUCAGUGCUGACCAGGCCUCGGUUUAAAUGUUACCUGAGCAGGCUGCACACCUUCCUCUCCCUCUCUGGACCUCACCUGGGCACACUGUACAACAGCUCUGCUCUGGUCAACACAGGCCUUUGGUUCAUGCAGAAGUGGAAAAAGUCAGGGUCACUCUUGCAGCUAACGUGCCGUGAUAACUCUGACCCUCGCCAAACUUUCCUCUACAAGCUCAGCAAGAAAUCUGGUUUGCAGUUUUUCAAAAAUGUGGUGCUUGUGGGAUCACUGCAGGAUCGCUACGUCCCCUAUCAUUCUGCCCGAAUAGAAAUGUGCAAAACUGCAGUAAAGGACAAACAAACCGGUCCUGUGUAUGCGGAGAUGAUUGAGAACCUGCUGCUGCCAGUACUCCAGAACAAAGACUGUAAUCUAGUACGAUUUGAUGUCAUUCAUGCCCUGCCCAACACAGCCAAUUCCCUGAUCGGCCGGGCCGCCCACAUUGCCGUCCUUGAUUCUGAGAUCUUCUUGGAGAAGUUCUUCCUUGUUGCAGGCCUCAAGUUCUUUCAGUAGAACGGUGCCUGAAUCAAAUAUAUUGGUGAAAGACAGGAAUGAGCUAAUACCUCACUGCAUCCAAAACCUUUUUUUUUAUGAUUAUCAUAUCUGGAUUAUUUCUCGGUUUCUAAAUACAUAUAAUCACUUUUAAGUACAUAUGAGCAAAAUCACAAUUGAUUUCAUUUCAUGUUGUUUAUAUCGGAAUAAUGGUGGAUAUGGACAUUUUUAUUUUUCUACUGCCAUCUUUUAAACAUUGUUAUGUUUUUAGUGUUUGGGAAAUGAUUUCCCUCCCCCCAUUAUAUGCUAUAUUUUCAGUGUUAUUUAUGUGUUAUUUUCAUGCGUUUUAAUUAUUUUUUCUCCAAGUAAUUCGAUUAAUAUUAGAUGCUGAACUGGAAAUGUAGCUGCUACAAAAAUUAAAUGGCUGUUUUUGGUGAGCUGGCCCAAGUCACGUCUGCAUAUACUGUCAUCACUAUUGCAAAUGUUUUCCACCAAUUUUAAGAGACACUGCAAUGAUUUGCACCACAACUACAUUUUACAAGCUUUUGUACUAAAAAGGGUCAUUUGUACAAGUUACUUUUUUUAUAAACAAUUUUCCAUCACUUUGAAUGGCAAUGAUUGCAUUAGAAAUAGGAUUGUUGCUCAGAUUUCACAUCCUUCGCUUUGGUCUUAAUACUUCAUGCUGUCCUUUGCCAUUGCAGCAUUCUGCACAACAUUAACCCAAACUGGUGUUGGGAGAAUGAAGCGUUGUCUACAACAUAACAUUUUAUUACAGGGGUUUUAAGCAAUGGUCAUGAUUCAGCAAAAGCACAUGUUAGUAAUAUGUACUUGUUUUAAUGAAAGUAUUUGCUUGGUAUCAUUUGUUGAUUAUGUGUUUAAACUGGAAAGUAUUGCUUGGAAUAAAAAAUGUUUCUUGGAAAAUUGUUUAUAUAUCAUACAUCAUUAAAUAUGCAUAUUAUCAAUUUGAUUAUAUGACUGUUCUUUCUUUCCUAUUUGUUACUCAUGUUCACAGAGGUUUCCAAUCACUUGUUAAUACAAUCUCAUUUGACUUUCAAAGUAUUCAUGCAGUUUUAAAAAAUAAAAUGUAAUGUUUGAGCUUUUAAGAUUGAAUUAAG